UGCAGAGACUUCUAACCUCCUGAUAAGUUGAUUUGUUUACAGUAAAAAUACUUGUUUUUUGCCGGGACAUUUUUAAUUAUAAUUUAUUGUAUUGAGUGAUUAGUAAAAAUAAGUGGAGAUGGAGAAUAUAAAAAUGAGUAGCAAUCAAAAUUUGAAUGAUGAUUCGCUAGAAAAAAAUUACUUGGCAGCGUAUCAGGAAUUGAAAUUUUCAAAGUCGGAUAAGAAUAAUUUUGAUAGGGAUCGGAAGUGUUUGGCAUUAAAAUAUCACACCGCAAAAAAAAGCUCUGAGGAAUUAGCCCUUCGUCUUUUAUCACACGAUAUCGACGACUAUAUUUCGCAAAUGGCCACUCGCGAAGUCCUUCAGUCCCCUAAUACAAAACGCACUAAAAACGUCUCAAUUCCGUCUAAAAUAACUAGUUCCGAAAUAUUGUCUCUCAUCCAACCGCUGCCUUGUCAAAAAGACCCCCUGCAAUCCUGUAAAUCUACUUUACCCAGCGAACGUGACGUCGAGAAUAUCAUUGGCUACUGGAACGGUAAAAAAGAGUCACCACGUCGUCGCAAAGUAUCUCAAGUCUUAAAAAGCCAAGACAGUAACUCUAGCCCAUAUAAAAAUUACUCAAACUCCGUUUCAAAUUUUUCAAACCAAAGCCCUAGUUAUUCAAACCAAGCUCAGAAUUACCCAAAUCAAGGCCCUGUACAAUCUAGAUCAACGUCAUUCCCAUCACAAAACAACCAAGAGCGCGAUUUAUUAAAGCGCCAAGAAAAACGUUCACAGUUUGAUAACCUCUAUAAGAAAUACAAUCGUCGCAAUGACGACGAGGAUGAUUUGCUACCAACUUCUCAAUCCAGUAAUAAAGAUACGCGUAAACUAGAGCCCUUUAAAUCUGGUCGUCAGAUCAAUAUCCAGCAGCAGAAAGCGAAUAAAUCUAAGCCCCAGGGUAAAACUCUUGGAGGCAAGACAUCUGUGAGCAAACCAUUUGUCUCCCCUUUUAACAAACGCGAUGAGGAAGAAAAAGUCGAGCGUUCAGACAGUCAGGAAGACAUGGACUGCGACGAUGAACGUCUUAAAAACAUAGAUCCCAAAAUGAUUGAACUUAUACGCAAUGAAAUAAUGGACUCUGGGGCUCUAGUGACUUGGAAUGAUGUUGCAGGCCUUGAGAAAGCUAAAAGUAUCAUUAAGGAAGCCAUUGUCUUGCCUAUGUUGCGUCCAGAUAUUUUUACAGGACUAAGACGUCCUCCGAAAGGAAUUCUGCUAUUCGGGCCACCUGGAACUGGCAAGACCCUAAUUGGCAAAUGUAUCGCUUCUCAAAGUAAGUCGACGUUCUUCGCUAUUUCCUCGAGUUCGCUUACGUCCAAGUGGGUCGGAGAGGGCGAGAAAAUGGUACGGGCUCUAUUUGCUGUGGCGCGGGUUUAUCAACCGUCGGUUAUUUUUAUCGAUGAAAUCGAUUCCCUGUUGAGCCAGCGGUCGGAUACAGAGCACGAGAGUUCAAGAAGAAUAAAGACUGAGUUCUUGAUACAUCUAGAUGGCGCGACCACAGGUGACGAUGAUAAGAUUUUGCUAAUAGGAGCGACUAAUAGACCGGGAGAACUUGAUGAGGCUGCUAGAAGACGUUUUGUUAAACGAUUGUAUGUCCCGUUGCCAGAGUUUGAAGCAAGGAAGCAAAUUGUUAAUAACUUGUUGCGUAAUGAGAGACAUCAUUUGUCGGAAGAGGAUGUCGAGACAGUUGCCGAGAAGGCUGAUCAUUUUUCAGGAGCUGAUAUGACGACACUGUGUAAGGAAGCGAGCAUGGGUCCGAUUAGAAGUAUUCCCUUUGAUAUGAUGGAGAAUAUUAGAAUGGAAGACGUGAGAGGGGUGACGAUUGAUGACUUUUUGGAGGCAUUCAAACGCGUGAGACCUAGUGUUGCGCAGGAUGAUUUGGUCCAUUAUGUCAAAUGGGAUAAAACUUAUGGCAGUGGCACUGCUGAGUAAAACAUUUUUUUUUCAUUUAUUUCAAUUAAUUAUAAAUAAAAAUUUAAUUGAUACCUCAAUUUCGCUGUUAUUUCAUAGAUAUUUUAGUUUUCAUAAGACAUAGUUAUAAGUUGAUAAAAAGUUUACUUCCAUGUAUCAGAAAUUUGUCAAUCUCAUAUUUACUGAUAAGCUAAUGUAAUAAAAUUUGUAUUCUUUUGUUUCAUAAAAUAAAAUUUCAUACUUUUAA